AUUGGCCAGACGCAGUCGUGUUUGAUUGGCUCUAAACGUUCCCUGAGUCUGCUGAGUUUAGCUGACUGAACCGUACAGACAGUAGCUCAGUGGAUCAAGGAGUUGAACUGCCAUGUUGAACUGUAAGCUCAUUUUCGGAGCUCUCUUGGCAGCGUGUCUCUGUCCUAUAGCUGCUCAGGAGUCCUGUCCUGCAGGGAUACCUGGACUGCCAGGUAUUCCUGGUUUCCCUGGACGUGAUGGCAGAGAUGGUGUGAAGGGGGAGAAGGGAGAUGCAGGACACACUCUUCAAUUGGACAAGCAUGCAAUAAAAGGGGAGAGGGGGGAGCCUGGCUUCCCUGGCCGCUCAGGAAAGAGGGGGAACCCCGGCGACCCCGGCCCGCCCGGACCACCAGGGCCACCUGGAGACCGUGGAGACAUCAGCAACUCCAAACCACAGUCUGCUUUCUGUGUUUCCCGUGAAACCACAGCUUUUCCAAAACAUAACAGCCCAGUAAUCUUUCACAGUGUCAUCACCAACACCAACGAGCACUUCAAUGUUAGCGAGGGCAAAUUUGUGUGUCACAUUCCUGGCACUUACUAUUUUGUGUACCACACGACCUCUAUGGGAAAGACCCUGUGUGUAAUGCUGAUGGUUAAUGGGGAGAAAAAGUCUACCUUCUGUGAUCAUAUUCAAUCCGGAGGCAAUCACUACCAAGCAAGCUCCGGCGGACUCGCCGUGUACCUGAAGCACAACCAAAAAGUCUGGUUGGAGACCAGCGCCCAGAACGGCAUGUACGCAGCUGAACACAAAGGCAACAGUGUCUUCUCUGGUUUUCUGGUUUAUGCACACGUUUCGUUAUUGGUGCAUGCGCUUCUCCCUGUAAGCAUUUUGCUGUGGACAGUGACCCCCGCCGUCUCAGACACAUGCACUGGCUACAGGGGCUUUCCGGGGGUGCCAGGAAUCCCUGGAACUCAUGGUGCCAAUGGAAAGGAUGGACCAAAAGGAGAAAAGGGAGAUCCUGGUGACGACACACAGCAGGUGCAGGGACCAAAGGGGGAUCAGGGCAUCCCUGGAUACCCAGGCAGGCCGGGCUUAAGGGGGGAUGAGGGGUUGCCUGGACCCCCAGGACCCAAGGGCCAGAAGGGGCAGAAAGGAGCUGUUGCAGAAGUCCCCGAAGACAAACGUUCGUUUUUCUCUUACAAAAAGAUUUCUGCCAGAUCGACUUUUACCCCACACAGAAUCAUAGAAUUUGAUGGUUCGUUUUCUCCUGAGCAUGACGGUGACACCCUGUCUGGUGGUUACUUCACAGCAGAACUGUCUGGCAUAUACUUCUUUGUGUACCACAUCUCUGCAACUCAGACUGCCUGCCUGUACAUUAAGAAACAGGAGCAGAUAUUAGUGAAUCUCUGUGAUAUGUCUCUAGGAGUGCUGGUCACCUCAGGGUCCGUAGUGGUAGACCUGAGGAAAGGGGAGAGUGUGUCGGUGCACACCUCUAGAACGAGCCAAAUCAUCAGUAAAGACGCUGACAGCACUUUCACUGGCUUCCUGCUCUUCCCAUCAUAA